AUGGCGACACUAACCGCCCAACCGCACGACAGAUUUCAGCGCCAUGUCGGCUUCGACAAUGUUCCCAGCGGUGAGACGUCCAAAAAGGUUCCCUCGUCCCUCGUACUCAACGUCAAACACGAUGGGUAUCAGCCACGCCGGAGAUCGCGCACCUUCAUGGUCGGCAUUGACGAGCACUCGUACUCAGACUAUGCCGUUCAGUGGCUGCUAGACGAGCUUGUCGACGACGGCGACGAGAUUAUCUGCGUGCGCGUCAUUGAAAAGGACGUGCGACUUGGCGAGAAGUCAUACCAUAGCGAUGCGCAGCAGGUGAUGAAGAGCAUCCUGGAGAAGAACAAGAGAAACAGCGCCGUUGCCUUCGUCCUCGAGUACGCAGUCGGCAAGCUACACGCCACCUUUCAGUCGCUGGUAAGUGGCCGCAAUCUCACCAGCCUCGCGAGACGUGACCUAACUAUUUUCUCUCAAUGCCAGAUUCAACUAUAUCAGCCGGCCAUGCUCAUCGUGGGCACACGAGGACGGUCCCUUGGUGGACUUCAGGGCCUCGUCAACAACCGCAAUUCCUUUUCAAAGUACUGCCUGCAGUAUUCUCCCAUACCCGUCGUCGUCGUGAGACCUACCGAGAAACGGAAUAAGAAAAAGGCCAAGCGUACAAACGACAACUCGCGGCAAACAUACGUCAGCAUGCUGGCCGCUACUCACGGCAAACAUGAGGCCGACAGCGAAGCCAGCAGCAGCUACGAACUAGAGGUUCAAAUUCCACGCGAAGAGGAGGCACAUCAGGUGGCAAAGGUGCUAGGACUGCCCGCCAAGUUCGACCCAACCAUCAAACCCAUCCACGAGACGGUCUUGAUGAGGUCGAAAUCCCCCGAUCUCGUGGCCGGCCCCCGGACAAGUGCUGCGCGCCGCGUUCCCUCUAUUCCCUCGCCGAACAGCGCGCCCAACAGCGCUCCCAACAGCGCUCCCAAUAGCGACGAUGAGGAAGAUGACGAAGAGGGAGAGUUUGAGGUCAUGACUGGAGUAGAGGCUCUGAACCAGCAGCAGAAACUGGAUCAGCUUCACAAAAUGGAGGUCAGCGAGGCGGCCGCGCUCAGGCACGGCAUUAAUGAGGAAGAGGACGAGGAAGAGGACGAGGCCCAGGGGCAGAACUCUGGGAGUGCAUCGUAG